AUGACGACCAGGGAGCAACGGCGGGAGGAGUAUUCAUCGUCGAACGUGGUGCGAGUGCUUUCGCCCACCACCCACGGCCAUCAGUUCGAUCACAAUUUGGACAACCUCCUGGAGGACCUUCAGGCGAGCGUUUCGCGCCCCGGAAGCUCGCUCGGCCAGCCCAUCGCCAACUACUCGACGAGCCGCGAGGUGCAGUAUCUACAGCCGGCCAACGUCACAACAGUUGCCCGCGAGCGCUCCCUCAGUCCGUCCGUCGCAACGAACGAGCGAAAAGUAUACAAGACGGCCAAGUACGAGUACAAAUCGAGCGGCGGCGGUGGCAAUGUACUCCCGGGGGCCGGCGCUGGACGGGCGGAUCAGUCCGUCAGCGAGGUGUACCAGCGCAACAUAAAUCAGCUCGACACGCUUCUGAAUGAUCUUGAACGUGAGCGCGACUCAUCGCUCGAUCGAAAUAACAGGACUCUAAGCCGAGAUGGAAUCGAUUCUGGAUUGCUUGAGCCCGGCACUAAGGUUAUCAAAACCACGACCACGUACACGACGGCGGGUGGCGGCGGCGGCGGCGGCAAGCCGGUGAACCGUGAGCUCGUAUUCGACUCACCGAACAGCUACGAGGUGCGUCAAUCACGCUCGCGCCAUCGCAGCCCGUCCUACGAGAACCAGUCGACGACGGUGAAGAACGUCUCGUACAGCUCGGACAGUUCGGCCGGCAUCUACGGCGGCAUCAACCGGUCGGCCACUCCACAGCGCUCCAUGACACCGGCCCGCUCGGAGGAGUACUACACGGAGACACGCACCGUGUCCCCGAACUCGGAUCUGCUGCCGGCCCGCAACGUACGCUACAACGAGUCCGUGCACGUCGACAGUGCGGCAAACGUGCUGCAAAACAUCCCACUGUCCGACGACAUCUUGCCGCGGCCGAACACGAAAGUCACCACGACGGUGCGCACGUACACGUACGAGUUGCCCCCGGACGGCACGGGCUCGCUGAACCAGACCAUCGCGUACACGAACCAGGCAGUCAAUCAGACUACCAGCACGCUUCCAGCUCCGGUCGGCUAUCCGGAGCACCCGGCGGCGCACGUCAAUCCCGGCACGAAGACGGUGCUGGUGAAGAACGAAACGUUCAACACCUCGAACAACGUGCAGGAGUACCCGGUACCGACGAUACUGAACCACCCGUUGCCGCCCAACACGGCCAAAACCAUCUACUACAAGAAGGACACGAAGCACUCAACCACCAACUACUAUCCGGACCAACCGGCCGAACCGGGCCCGUAUCCGAACAACUUCCGCGCCAUCGAAGCGCCGCCCCCGACGGUACCAGGCGGUGGAGCUCCGGUCAAAUACACGGUCGAGGAACCGGGCUAUCCGCCCGGCAACAACACCACCUAUAUCUACCGCGAGGAGCGCACUAACACCAACACGAACAACCGGUACGGAUCGCCAGUUCCGGUUCCGGUUCCCGUUCCGGCCGAUCAGCUAUAUCCGCACCCGCAUGGGCCAGGAGGUGUUCCGCCGCCCACCACGGUCACGUAUAAGUAUAGCUCGACGACGACCAACGCCACCCGGAACCUGUAUCCUCCGCCGGCCGAGCGAGAACCGCUGCUGCAGCCGUUCCCAACCGACGGCAUCGAUCGGACGGACCUCGAUGGAAAUCCGCCCAAGCGGCUGGAUGACCUGAUGGCCACAUUCGGAGAGGACGGCCAAGUCACCUAUCAGUCGCGGGUAGUUAACACAUCACAAACCGACAGUGCCGGCCCGAAGCGUGCGGGUCCUCCAGCGAACGGUACCGGACCGAAACCGGUCGACGAGACGAUGGACGACAAGUCUGCACCGAACCAGCUGGCCUCGAAAAAUAUUGCCGGGCCGCCCGUCUACUAUCCGCCCGGUCACGAGAUGUUCGCCAAGAAGGAAAUGGAAGCCAGCGGUUGGAGGGCACAGGGCGAAUAUGCAAAGGCCAGCGGAAUGUACAAAUACGAGGCGGAAAGCAAAUCGAAGAGCUCGAGCAAAUCUGGUGCCGCCGUCGUGCCCGUCUGCCUUCCCCUCUGCUGUGCGAUGCCCUGUUCGAUCAUGUAGAGAUGCCGCUUGAAGAUGCAGCUAAUCGGCCAGGUCGUCAGCCCAGCAGGCAGCUAUAGGCUAGGAUAGGAAUAACGCAAUACUUUGUCUAUGUUUUAACAAGCAAUCCGCAAUAACAAAACGUGUGUCCAACCGGUAUAUGGUGGAUGAUAAGGGUGUGAAUGAUGCACACACGGACUCGAACAAACAUGUGCCAAUUAACGAUAUUAUUAUAUACCUGCUGUUACGUUACUUCACGAAUAAUGACUCUCACUGUUUACAUGCAUUAUUGGUCUAAUUCCCAAGAGCUAAUAAAUGAACAACAAAC